AUGACUACUUAAGAACCCGAACACUUUGCAUUCGAAGCCGACAUCUAACAAUUAAUGGGCUUAAUAAUUAACACUUUCUAUACUAACAAAGAGAUAUUUUUACGAGAAUUAAUAUCAAAUUGCUCUGAUGCAUUAGACAAAAUUCGCUACAAAUCAAUAACUGACUCCGAAAAUGCCCGUCUUGACCUUGAACCGAAUUUUCGUAUUCGAAUAAUCCCUGAUAAAUAAAACAACACCUUAACAAUUUGGGACACCGGAAUCGGUAUGACGAAAAAAGAACUAAUCAACAACCUUGGUACAAUUGCUAAAUCAGGUACAAAAGCAUUUAUGGAAGCUCUAUCUUCAGGUGCUGAUAUAUCUAUGAUUGGAUAAUUUGGUGUAGGAUUCUAUUCUGCAUAUUUAGUAGCUGAAAAAGUCGAAGUGAUUUCCAAAUCAAAUGAAGAUGAACAUUAAUGGAGAUGGGAAUCUUCCGCUGGUGGUACUUUUGCUGUAGUUUGUGAUGAUUAAAACCCUGAGAAACUAACUAGAGGGACUAAGAUAAUUUUAUAUAUGAAAAAUGACAAUUUAGAAUUUUUGGAAGAACGAAGAAUUAAAGAUUUAAUAAAAAAACAUUCAGAAUUUAUCUCGUUCCCAAUAGAACUUUAUGUCGAAAAAACUGAAGAAAAGGAAAUUUCUGAAGAUGAGGAUGAAACAGGAAAAGAAACCGAAAAAAAAGGUGAUGAUAAUGAGCCUUAAAUAUAGGAAGAAAAAGAUGAAAAAAAACCUAAAAAAAGAAAAAAGUAAAACAAAUACACAGCGAAUUUGAAGAAUAAAAUAAAAAUAAACCUUUAUGGAUGA